CCAUUUCUGGACUUGUCAUUUCUACAAUUAGACUUCUCUCAGAUUUUCCUUGUUCUUGUCUCCUUCCGAGGAUUUCGAUUCCGACACAAUCCCAAACAAGAGAGCUUUUUAUUCGGAGGAAAUAAUGGAAGGAGGGUCUGUUAAUGAAUUGCAUUCUAAUGCGGACCAAAUGUUUGACACAACGAUAGAGGAGCUAUGUAAGAAUCUCUGCGAAUUGCAGAGUUCUAAUCAGUCUCCUUCAAGGCAGAGUUUUGGAUCAUAUGGUGAUGAGUCAAAGAUUGAUUCUGAUCUACAACAUCUUGCUUUGGGAGAGAUGCGGGAUAUUGAUAUAUUGGAAGAUGAAGGAGAGGAGGACGAAGUGGCAAAGCCAGAAGAGUUUGAUGUAAAGUCAAACUCUUCAAAGUUGGAUUUAGAGGUCAUGCCCAAGGAUAUGGAGAAACAAAUUGGUAAGAAGAAUGUGAACAAAUCGAACGUUGGAGUUGGUGGAAUGAGGAAGAAGAAAGUCGGAAAUACCAAGUUACAAAAUGGAAAUGAAGAACCGUCAUCUGAAAAUGUAGAGCUGGCACGUUUUUUACUGAAUCAAGCGAGAAAUUUGGUUAGUUCUGGUGAUAACACCCACAAAGCUCUCGAGUUAACUCAUCGAGCAGCUAAGUUGUUUGAGGCUUCUGCAGAGAAUGGGAAACCGUGUUUAGAGUGGAUCAUGUGUUUGCAUGUUACAGCAGCAGUCCAUUGUAAGUUAAAGGAGUACAAUGAGGCAAUUCCGGUCCUGCAGCGUUCAGUUGAGAUUCCGGUUGUCGAAGAGGGUGAAGAACAUGCUCUAGCCAAAUUUGCUGGUCUGAUGCAGUUAGGUGACACUUACGCUAUGGUGGGGCAGCUAGAGAACUCGAUAUCGUGUUAUACCGAGGGAUUAAAUAUCCAGAAGAAGGUUUUGGGAGAAAAUGACCCAAGAGUUGGUGAAACAUGCAGAUACCUAGCAGAGGCUCUUGUACAAGCAUUACGGUUUGAUGAGGCUCAACAGGUGUGCGAAACUGCUCUUUCUAUACAUAGAGAAAGUGGUUUACCAGGUUCAAUCGCAGAAGCGGCGGAUAGAAGACUCAUGGGUCUUAUAUGUGAGACUAAGGGAGAUCACGAGAAUGCCCUUGAGCAUUUGGUAUUAGCCAGUAUGGCCAUGGCGGCAAAUGGACAAGAGUCUGAGGUUGCUUUUGUUGAUACUAGCAUUGGUGACUCGUACUUGUCUUUGUCUAGGUUUGAUGAAGCGAUUUGUGCAUACCAGAAAUCUCUCACAGCACUGAAGACAGCAAAGGGAGAGAACCAUCCAGCUGUUGGUUCAGUUUAUAUCCGUUUAGCUGAUCUCUAUAAUCGGACAGGAAAAGUGCGAGAAGCAAAGUCUUAUUGUGAAAAUGCUCUUCGGAUAUACGAGUCCCAUAACCUAGAAAUUUCUCCUGAAGAGAUUGCAAGUGGUCUUACAGAUAUCUCCGUGAUUUGUGAGUCUAUGAACGAGGUGGAACAAGCUAUUAGCUUGCUUCAAAAGGCGCUGAAGAUAUACGCGGAUUCUCCUGGCCAGAAAAUCAUGAUUGCAGGGAUUGAAGCUCAAAUGGGAGUGUUGUACUAUAUGAUGGGGAAGUACAUGGAGUCCUACAACACAUUUAAGAGCGCUGUCUCAAAACUACGGGCUACUGGAAAUAAACAAUCAACAUUUUUUGGGAUUGCACUUAACCAAAUGGGUUUAGCAUGCAUUCAGCUGGACGCAAUAGAAGAGGCUGUUGAGUUGUUUGAAGAGGCCAAGUGUAUCUUAGAACAAGAGUGUGGUCCGUAUCACCCGGAAACACUUGGAUUGUACAGCAACCUUGCAGGAGCUUAUGAUGCAAUUGGCAGGUUGGAUGAUGCGAUUGCGCUGCUAGGACACGUGGUUGGGGUUCGGGAGGAAAAACUCGGGACAGCGAAUCCUGUAACGGAAGACGAGAAGAGGAGGCUGGUCCAACUCUUGAAAGAAGCUGGUAACGUUACAGGAAGGAAAGCUAAAUCACUCAAGACUCUAAUUGAUUCCGAUCUCACUUCUUCCUCGGCUCUUCGUUAACAAUAUGUUACAUUUUCUUACUAUUUUAUAGAAAUGUGAAUACGAUAUUUUUGUUUUUUGUGAUUAUGUUUGUGGAAGUGUUUUCCUUUCAUUGUCUUAAUCCGGUGUAUUUGAAUUAACAGGCUCACAUAUU